AAGACGUUCAUUUAUUUCACGAUAAACCCCCAAAAACCGAAUCAUGGACUCAGAUUCCGACUCUCCGUUCAACUACUCCUGGCCCUCUUUUCCCAAGAUGAGGAUACGCCGGAAGACCGGACAGAAAGUGAAAAGCCAGUCGAUAAGGGAGAGCCAGCCCCCAUCCUCUACACUGGCAGCAGCUGCCAGACUGUCGGCCAUGAUACACGGCAAGGACCAAGUGUAUGCCAACGCCAUGCUGGUGGACCAGGUUGAAGAUGUGGAUAUAAGAUACCGCCACCGAGGGGAGGAAGGCGCGAGCCCCGUGGCCCAAACGGGCAGUCCAUGCUGGGACUCGUUUGCUGGGUCUCCCCCCGACUUGGUGAACUGCUUCCUGAACAGACACACGUCGUCGUCGCCGAACUGGGAGGCAGAAAGAGGAGUACAGGGGUCCGGUCAUCAAAGAGAUCCAUCCCCUCACAUCUCCCCUACCUCUCCCGUUGCCUCCUCCUCCUCCCCCUCUGUUCCUUCCUCCCCAUUGGCCUCUGCUUUCCGUUUGUUGGAGGGAGGACUGAGGCGUCAGACGCAGCCGUGCCGGCCCGUCUCCCCUGGCCAUAGUCACCGAACGGCCAGCCUGGCGGAGGCCAGCCGAUGUCUGAGUCCUAAUCUUGAGUGUGAUAGCGGUGAAGAGGAUAUACUUGGCCAUUUCCACCCUUCUUCGUCUCCGAGGCCAAAACCCAUCCUCCGAUCCAGCUCGGGAGAAGAGAGGGAUUCUUUUGAUACAUCGCCGGACUUCAAUCGCACACACUCUGACAGCACACACAAGUCCACCAAGAAGCCAGAGGAAGCCGAGGUUCGUCUGCGCUCCUACUCCUACUCCUCGCCCAAGGCAAAGCCGUCGCGCCCCCAGCUAAACCGAGAUACGGCCAUCUACGACCUGACCGAGGAUGGUGUGUACAGCAGCAGCGGUCGUUCUCUACUUCAGGCUCUUUCUCUUUCUAAAUCCCUCUCUCGUCUCAACCAAGUUAAGGAGAGAGCGUUCAGUCUGACAGAGACUCCGAGGGAAAAGAGGGUUCUGGGUUUCCGUAAGCGGGCCCAGUCGGCAGAGGAGGAGAGCAGCGCGUCGCUCCAACACCUCACCCUCACAGAGUUCCUUAAAGAGAUUGAGGACGAGGAGUGGGAUAAAUACAUUAUCCCUUCCAAGGUCGAGUCGGAGAAAUACAAGGUCAGCCGGACCUUCAGCUUCCUCAAGAACAGGAUGUCUAGCACGCGCAACAAGACAAAGGUGAAGGGGAAGGAGGCAAAGGAGAAGCCAGGAACUGCUAAUGGACACCAUUUUGUUGCUGUCUCUCUGCCUGGCCUCUCUCUCUGUGUGGCCUGUGAUAAGCCUGUCACCGGGAAGGAGCUGCUGCAGUGCUCCAGCUGUUCCCUGGCUGUUCAUAAGGGCUGUCGGGAGUCUGUCUCAGCCUGUGGAAAGAAACCCCAGGAGAAGAACGCCGUGACGCUGAAAAACAAGUCAUCCACUCCCCCGCAGAAUUCUGUUGUGAAAGACAGCUCUUCGUCCUCCCUGUCCUCCUCCUCUUCCUUCACCACGACCGCAGCCCGGGACAGGAGAGAGACAGGAGCCCCUCAAUACAAGAGCCCGUCCAUCUCCAUCGACAGCAGUCUAACCAGGCGGUUGAGCGAUGUCGUCAUGGCAGACAGCGAGACCAGUAUGAGUAACUGGGGUAGUGGCUCUCUCACCGAGGAGGGGACUCCGACCACCGCGACCCCCCCGUCCACUGACCCACCCAUCGGAACCGACGAACCGGUGGAGGCGCCGCUGCUGAGCGACCUGUCGGCUGACCUGCUGGGUUUGGAGGCGGAGUCCUGGAGUCUGGCAGUCAGUCCAGAAUUCUGCAGGCGGCACGACAAGCACACCGUCAAACGCCAAGAUGUCAUUUAUGAGCUGAUGCAGACGGAGCUGCACCACAUCCAGACGCUGACGGUCAUGUCGGAAGUCUUUAGGAGGGGCAUGCUGGAGGAGCUGCAGAUGGACUGGGACUGUGUGGCCAGGAUCUUCCCCUGUCUGGACCCCCUGCUCCUUUUCCACAGGAAUCUCUUCGGCGCACUGCAGGAACGCCGGCAAGCCUCAACCCAGCUGGAAAAUACCCACAAUUACCUCAUCCCUCGUAUUGGGGACAUACUGCUUCAGCAGUUUUCAGAUGAAAAUGCUGAGAAGAUGAAGCAGGUCUAUGGGGAGUUCUGCAGCCACCACACCGAGGCCGUCAACGUCUUCAAAGAACUGCAACAGCAGAACAAGAAACUACAGCUGUUUGUCAAACAACAGAGCAACAACUCACUGGUCAGGCGGCGAGAAGUACCGGAGUUUAUCCUGCUAGUUACACAACGUAUCACAAAGUACCCGGUACUACUGGAAAGGAUAAUACAGUACACUCAGGAGGGAAGCCAAGAGCACACUGACUUGUCGCAUGCGCUGGCUCAGAUCCGUGAUGUCAUCGCUGCCGUCAACCUGAGUGUGAGUAAGUACGAGAGAGGUCAGGAGCUGCAGGAGGUGCUGGCCCGGCUGGAGAACAAGAGCCUGGCCAAGCUGAAGAACGGCAAAGUUUUCCGCAAGCAGGACCUCCGCAGCCAGCACAGGAGCCUGCAGCAUAAGGGUCUGGUCUACUGGAAGACCGCCACCGGCAGGCUGAAAGACACCUUGGCCCUCCUGCUCACUGACAUUCUGGUUUUCUUGCAAGAGAAGGAUCAGCGCUUUGUGUUUGCUGCAGUGGACCAGAAGCCUCCUGUCAUCCCCCUGCAGAAACUCAUCGUUAGAGAAGUCGCCAACGAGGAGAGAGGGAUGUUCCUGAUCUCCGCCUCCUCCGUAGGACCAGAGAUGUAUGAAGUUCACACUACCACCAGAGAGGAGAGGAAUGCAUGGAUGAAACACAUACGCCAGGCUGUGGAGAGUUGCCCUGAAGAGGAGGAGGAGGAGGAGCGGAGCGCCGAGUCGGAGGAGUUGAAGAGAGUGGCGGAGGCAAGAGUUCAGAAGAUCCACAAGUUCCAAGAGACUCUGUUGGGUCAGGACCAGCGAAUCUGCAGCAGCCUGGAAGAGAAAUUACAGCUGUAUGCCGAGCUCACCGAGUUAACCCUCCGCUCAACAGAGCCCGUACCACAGCGCCACCUCCUGGUCCAGCUGGACACUGACGUUGAAACGUCACGGCAGGCUUCCACGCUACUUGCAGCCGCCUUGAAAGAAGCGGAGAAACUUAUAGCCAUUCUGCAGACAUGCGAUACAUCCUGUAUUCACAACAAGAGCUCUCCUGGCCGAGGACCCGAGUUCUGCAGCUACACCAGCCAUGGCAGUAUCCAGGAGUCCCCUUCUGAACCGGAUUAUCUGAGCACAGUCAGUGUGAGCUCCACCUCUCUGGUAUCAGACGAGUGGGCGGGGCAAGACGGGUUGCUGUGGAGCCCCGCAGGAGAGCCGAGGAGAGGAGACCUCAAUGGGACGCAGUUAAAGGUGGCAGAGGGCGUCCAGAGUCUGACCCAGCUGCUCUACAGUCUGCAGGCUGCUAUCACCCUGCAGGACAGCUGCUAUGAAGUCCAGAAGCUUCUUCUUCUUGAAGGAGAGCGACCACAACUCUGCACCAUCGCUCCCAUUCAAAAUAACCAGGAGCAGGAGAGGCUGAAAAGCAUCAGCAGGAGGAGAGAGGAGGCGGAGAAGAAGUCUAUGGAGAGGAAGAGAGAGGAGGGGGAUGGCGUUCAGAGACUUCACACCAAACUGAAACAGGAGCAGCAGCGCUGGGACAGAGAAUGUGUCAUCAGAGACAGACAACAGAGCGAGCAGGAGAGCCUGUUGGAGGAGCGUGAGCGGCGGUGCCACCUGGAGGCAGAGCGGCUGCGCUGCGAGCGGGAGGCCCUGGAGGCCCAGCGGCAGGAGUACCAGCAGAACCUUGACAGACUCAGGGAGGGCCAGAGGAGUGUGGAGAGGGAAAAGGAGAAGGUCGAAGCCCAGCAGAGGCUGUUCCAGAACUGGAGACACGGCCGCCAGAGCAGCCUUCCUGUUCUCAUCCCGCUGGAUGGUUACCAGUUGUCUGGCCACAAUCGCUCAGGCAGCCUGGGCGGCGACUGUUCGGUGUAUGAGAACGAGGCGGCUCUGCUCCACUCGCUACAGCAAACCCACCUCCCCUCCCACCACCAUCACCUCCUCCACAUCAACAACCAACACCAGAGUCUCCACUCCGGGCUGCUGAAGAACCAGGACGUCCCGCUCCACGGCACCGGCCUCGCCCCGGGCCGCGGCCUCAGCCCCAGUCUCUAUAACAGCCUCAACACACUGCUAAACCAGGCGCACAGCAAGCAGCCCCCCGCCGAUGGCCCCACCUACCCAAAAAAUGCCAUUAGCCACAGCGGCCCGCAGCCAACCAGCUCUGCCGUGCACCCACUCAGCGCACAACCACGCAGGACCAACAGCACAGAUGUCAGCCCGGCGUUGGACGGCUUUCCGUUGGGCUCGUGGAGGGCAGGGGUCACCGGCCUGGGGCUGUAUGAGGACGACUACCCCUCCUCGGCCUCACUCACCCCCCUCCUCACUCCAGAGGCGUACCUCUUCCUGGAGGGACAGAAUGGGGAGGAUGGAGGAGAGGAGAACAUUGUGUAUCUCUGAGAGAGACCAGAGGGAGAACCCAACUGAGAACAAUGUGCUGGCUGGACCUCACUCGGAGUAUAAUCGUGCCAGCUUUAGCGUGCGUGUGCGGGUGUGUGUGUGUGUGUGCGUGUGUGCGUGGUUGUAUCUGCAGACAUAUCUAUAUGUGGCAAAUGGAUGUAAGUGCUGAAAAAUGAUUUUGCCAAUGAAACCUUGUUUAUCGUGUUCCUGGUCAAACCUGACAUGACUGACGAAUGAAGAGCUGCAGGACGUUGCUCAGCGUCCCCGAGAAGUCUACUGCAGAACUUGUUGUGCCUUUUAUCAGCGUAUGUGUCCCUUUAUUGCCGUCUUUGCCGAGGGAUCAAACCAUUGUGCCUUUGUAUGCAAAUAUGAAAUAAGCUCCUCGUGAAUAAGCUUUUCCCUUGGCAGAAGCAGCAGAAGCUGUAAAUCAGUAUUUCUACACGUGCUGCCAUCUUCAUAUCUGUUGUCUGUCGUUACACUUCCCUGCAGCCGAGACACCUAAAACCCCACGGCACAAAUACUGAGUUUCUUCUUUUUCUUUUGGAUUUCUACCCCACUCUCCCCAGCCGUCCCGGUCUCUGCUCCACCCCCUCUGCUGAUCCGGGGAGGGCUGCAGACUACCACAUGCCUCCUCCCAUACAUGUGGAGGCACCAGCUGGUUCUUUUCACCUGACAGUGAGGAGUUUCACCAGGGGGACGUAGCGCGUGGGAGGAUCACGCUGUUCCCUCCAGUUCCCCCUCCCCCCCUGAACAGGCGCCCCGACCAGCCAGAAGAGGCGCUAGUGCAGCGACCAGGACACAUACCCACAUCCGGCUUCCCACCCGCAGACACGGCCAAUUGUGUCUGUAGGGACGCCCGACCAAGCCGGAGGUAACACUGGGAUCGAACUGGCGAUCCCUAUGUUGGUAGGCAACGGAAUAGACCGCCACGCCACCCGGACGCCCCAGAAAUAUUGAUUUUGACAUUUUAAGCACUGCAACAAACUGACUAUAUGUACAGCAGAGGUUGCCACGUUACUCCUCAGUGGUACAGGGGACAACUACGAGGACCAGGAGCAUGUGGACGUCAGGGGACAACUAUGAGGACCAGGAGCAUGUGGACAUCAGGGGACAACUAUGAGGACCAGGAGCAUGUGGACAUCAGGGGACAGAGACGAGGACCAGGAGCAUGUGGAAGUCAGGGGACAACUACGAGGACCAGGAGCAUGUGGACGUCAGGGGACAACUAUGAGGACCAGGAGCAUGUGGACAUCAGGGGACAGAGACGAGGACCAGGAGCAUGUGGACGUCAAGGGACAAUGAUGAGGACUAGGAGCAUGUGGACGUCAGCGGACAACUACGAGGACCAGGAGCAUGUGGACGUCGGGGGACAAUGAUGAGAACCAGGAGUAUGUGGACGUCGGGACAACUACGAGGACCAGGAGCAUGUGGACGUCGGGGGACAAUGAUGAGAACCAGGAGCAUGUGGAUGUCAAGGGACAAUGACGAGGACCAGGAGCAUGUGGACGUCAAGGGACAACUACGAGGACCAGGAGCAUGUGGACGUCAUGAAGGACGGAUGUUGUAUUAAUACUUGGGGUUUUUGUAUAGUUUAUUAAGAUGCUACCUAUGCACACUGUUUUGUAGAGGGACUCGUGUGUAUAGGGGGCGCCGUUUUCUCCUCACUAAGUGCCAAAUAUCCAGAGUGCCAGCCGGUAAGUCGGUUCAUGUAAAGAAAACGCCGUCGUCUCCUUCCGUGUCCAGCCGGUUAUUUAUUGUGUGUAAACUGCUCCGUGCACUGUCGACAUUAAUGUGUGGUUUGGUUUGUGUGUUUCUGCCGUGUAACCUCUAAUCAAAACUGUCACGUGCCAAAUUAACAGUACUGCACUACACUACCUAUAAAACAUCUACCUACGAAA